UUGAAAGAAAAAAUGAAAGAACAGUCCUGGAACAUCCUCUUUGUCGAACGUGGACAUGGUGUCAGUAUGUUUCGAACAAAGAAGACUCGAGACCUAGUUGUAAGAGGGAUCCCAGAGGCAUUAAGAGGAGAGCUUUGGCUACUCUUCUCAGGUGCUGUAAAUGAUAUGGCAUCCAACCCUGGUUAUUACACUGAGUUGGUGGAAAAGUCCUUAGGAACAUGCACUUUAGCUACUGAUGAAAUUGAAAGAGAUUUACGUCGCUCCUUACCUGAGCAUCCUGCUUUUCAAAGUGACACAGGAAUUUCUGCACUCAGGAGAGUUCUUACAGCUUAUGCAUACAGGAAUCCCCAAAUUGGAUAUUGUCAGGCAAUGAAUAUUUUGACAUCAGUACUUCUGCUGUAUGCUAAAGAGGAGGAAGCAUUCUGGCUUUUGGUUGCUGUGUGUGAAAGGAUGCUACCCGAUUAUUUCAAUCGUCGAAUCAUUGGUGCCUUGGUAGAUCAGGCAGUGUUUGAGGAGCUCAUCAGGGUUCAUCUGCCUCAGUUGACAGACCACAUGACGGACAUGACUUUUUUCUCCUCGGUCUCUCUCUCCUGGUUCCUUACCCUUUUUAUCAGUGUGCUGCCUAUUGAAAGUGCAGUCAAUGUGGUGGACUGUUUCUUCUAUGAUGGAAUAAAGGCAAUCUUGCAGCUGGGUCUUGCAGUGCUGGAAUACAACAUGGAGAAGUUGCUGACUUGUAAGGAUGAUGCAGAAGCAGUCACUGUUCUUAACAGAUUUUUUGACAGUGUCACUAACAAAGACAGUCCUUUGCCUCCGGCUGUGCAGCAGGGCUCCAACCUCAGCGAAACAAAGAGUGACCAUCCAAAAGUGGACAUUACUGAUCUGAUCCGAGAGUCAAAUGAAAGAUAUGGCGAUAUUCGAUAUGAGGAUGUUGAGAGCAUGCGCUGCAGGAACAGGCUUUAUGUGAUCCAGACGUUAGAAGCUACAACCAAGCAGAAUGUGCUACGGGUUGUGUCCCAGGAUGUCAAAUUCAGUCCCAGUGAUCUUGAAGAGCUUUAUGAAUUAUUCAAGAAGGAGCACUUUCUUUCCUGUUAUUGGAAUGUAAAUAGUCCUGUCUUGCAACAUCAUGAUGCCAGUCUGCCGUAUCUUGACCAGUAUCGGAUUGAUUGCCAGCAAUUCAGGGUUCUCUGUCAUCUCUUGAGCCCCUGGUCACACUGUGAAAAUAGAGACUCGCUUGCAUUGUGGACGUUCAGACUGAUGGAUGAGAGCUCCGAUUGCCUUAUAAACUUCAAACAAUUUGCCUGUGUUCUUGAUACCAUGUAUAAUGGAAGUUUCACUGACAAACUCAAGCUUCUUUUUAAGUUGCACAUCCCUCCAGCUUUUACUGAAGUAGAAUCUCUAAGCCCUUCCAAAGGUGGUGACCUUUCAAAAGAAGAACUGAUCCAAUUCAGCCAACUCAGUGUUCCAUCUGUUGAGGAAGGUCUUGAAAGUGAUUCUUUGAAGAGCAGUCCAGAAAAAGGGAAGGGGAAGGUUGAUAUUCAGGCAUAUCUGAAGCAAUGGCAAGAUGAACUUCUUAAAAAAGAAGAAAACAUUAAGGAUUUGCCGAGAAUGAAUCAGUCUCAGUUCAUCCAGUUCUCAAAAACUCUGUACAAUCUGUUCCAUGGGGAUCCUGAGGAGGAACUGUUAUAUCGGGCUAUAGUGGUGGUUACCAGCCUCCUACUGAAAAUGGAAGAAGUUGGGAGGAGACUGCAGAGUCCCACAUCACCCAUCAAAAGUCCGGUUGCUGUUACGGAGGUGCCUGCUGAAAUCCCCAGAGAAGGACAGGAGGAAAGCAGCUCAGAGCAGACUGAAGGCAGUAGAGCACAGAGUUUGAGGGGGAACCAUGAAUGGUCUUUUGCCUUUGAACAGAUUCUGGCAUCCUUAUUAAAUGAGCCAGCCUUUGUGAGAUUUUUUGAGAAACCUCAUGACAUAAAAGUUAAAAUAGAGUCUGCUAAAAAUUUACAACUUAAAGCAAGAACCAGAAUGUAAUUUUCUUUACCUUUGACUCUGAAUUAACCACAUAAAGCGCUUACAAAUUAAGGUUGUUACUAUGGAAAUCCGGAGUCUGGUGUUUACAUAGGGAAUGAAGUUUGAAGAGUUAGCUUUAAAUAGCAGAUUACCGGUAUGUAAUGUAAAUAAAAAUAGUUCGAAGCACAAUCAC